GGGGACGGCGGGGGCGGGGCCCACGCCCGCGCAUGCUCAGGAACGACGCCGACUAAUGACGCACUUCGCAGGCGCGCAGGCCGCAGGGCCGUUGGGUCCCAUGGAGGAAAAGCUGCUGGUUCGGAAGGUGUCGGCAUUGCAGGCCUGCGUCCGGGGCUUCUUGGUCCGACGCCAGUUCCAGAGCCUGCGAGCUGAGUAUGAGGCGAUUGUACGGGAGGUCGAGGGCGACCUGGGCACGCUUCAGUGGACCGAGGGCCGCAUUCCCAGGCCGCGAUUCCUCCCAGAGAAGGCAAAAUCCCAUCAGACCUGGAAAGCAGGAGACAGGGUAGCAAAUCCAGAGCAGGGGCUGUGGAACCACUUCCCAUGUAAAGAGUCUGAGGGAGAGGCCACCUGGGAGGAGAUGGUGCUGAAGAAGUCAGGAGAGAGCUCAGCAAAUCAAAGAAGCGUCUGCAGACAUCACAGCUCCUGGCUUCAGAUGGAGCAGAACAGGAAACCCAGCCAAGAGGAGACCAGAGACAUGACAAGGAUGGAGAAUCCAGAAGCCACAGAUCCAAGACUGCCCCACAGCCAACCUCAGCUUCAAGAACUUCAGUACCACUGCAGCCACUUGGCCAUGGAAUUGCUGUGGCUGCAACAGGCCAUCAAUAGCCGUAAAGAGUACCUAAUUCUCAAACAAACACUGAGAUUCCCAGAGGCAGGCCCGAUCAGAGAGGAGCCCGGUGUGUGCCCAGAACAUGGGGAGCAGACCUGUGAGAGGAACCAGUCGCAACCGAGCGCACCACUGGAGGACCAGUCCUACAGAGACAGGACCGCUGGAGAGCCACCACUGGAGGACCAGUCCUACAGAGACAGGACCACUGGAGAGCGAGAACAGGAGAAUGACUCCUGUCAGAGGGUCAAAUCAGCCCACAGAUCCCCAGGAUGUUUGGCCACUACACAAAAAAACAUUGCUGGGGCUAAGUGCAGAGAACCAUGCUACAGCCGGUCUGGACCCCCAUCAAACAGCCAGGCCUUGGGGGACAGGCUCACCAAAGGGCCAGAUGAUGGAAGACAGACCUUUGGAGGGACCUGCCUGCUACAGAUGAAAAUCCUGGAGGACCAGAUUCCCAGAGGCUUAAAACCUAGGGACCAUUGUCCCAGGAAAUCCAGGACACAGCUGUCUGCACUCUAUGAGGACCCAAAUAUUAAGGAGACGUCUCCCAGAAAACUAGAUCACAAAGAGCCUGACUGCCAAACACCCAGGACACAAGAGUUGGGCCUCUCAGGGGACCACAUCAUCUGGGAUGGGACCUUGGCAGGGCCAGAGCAUAGUGUCCUCGAUCUCUGGAGGACUAAACCACCCAAAGGCCAGAUCCCCACUGAUAGAAGCUCCAGAGAUGGAACCUCCUAUGAGCCUAGUCACGAAGGACAAAAAAACCAGAGGACUACACCAUGGAGAUCAAAGUCACCUGAGAUCCUGUCUUCUACAGGGGCAGGCUGUACAGGAGAGGAACAGUGGAGGGGCAGGCCAUGGAAAACAGGACCACCUGGCUAGACCCUGAAGCCAGGAGAGGAUCAAGUUCCAAAGGGAAAUGCUAUGAAAGGGCAGUGAGACAAGACCUCAUCCUACCUCCCUGACCAGCUCUGCCUCCUGCUCCUGCCCCUGGUCAUUGGUGGCUAGUGGGACCAAGAGAAGCUGGAGUAGAGAGCUGGCAUGAGUAUAGGGAAGCAGGAAGGACACGCUUGCAAUGCCUGUGGCUCAAUCCAAAUUUAUUGAUAAGGGGCCGGGCGCAGUGACUCAUGCCUGUAAUCCCAGCACUUUGGGAGGCCAAGGCGAGUGGAUCACCUGAGGUCAGGAGUUUGAGACCAGCCUGACCAACAUGGUGAAAUGAAACCCCAUCUCAACUAAAAAUACAAAAAUUAGCCGGGUGUGGUGGCGCAUGCUUGUAGUCCCAGCUACUCGGGAGGCUGAGGCAGGAGAAUCGCUUGAACCCAGAAGGCAGAGGUUGCAGUGAGCCAAGAUGAUGCCACUGCACUCCAGCCUGGGCGACAGAGCGAGACAUGGUCUCAAAAAAACAAAACAAAUUUGUGGCUAAGGAGUUACCUAGGGGAAGUGGAAUGGGAGACCUGUUGGGAAUAAAGGUUUUUCUUAGA